CCAUAUUGCGUCUAAUCCACAUAUCCUGCUCCUUGCAUGGCCCACGGGGCUAUCUACCGCGACUCGCCUUCGCAUUCGCCACGUACAGCUUCGUAGUCUUAUUACUAUUCUAGCGAGCUGCAUAAAAAGAGUUUCGAAGGGAGUGCACUAUGUAACCUGGUGCAAGCAAUGGCUAUAUCUGGACAGUUUCGCGAUUCCAAAUUUAUUACUUUCUAAUCGUCUGUGUGGUCACUGCAGCAUGGGAUUAUCCCAGCUGCAACACUGGGCGCGAGCGCAAGUCCUACAUGACCGUGUGCGCGUCAGCACGGCCCAACCGACCGACCUGCUGCGACCUGACGUUAACAUCGUUCACCUCCGGCGGCAACUGCCAGUCAAGCCCGGGCAGUUCCAGCGGCAGGCUUCGGAGCUAGGCCUGGGGUUCAAGGCCCGGGCGGUUACCCCAACUGCGGAACCCCGCCUCGCCGCCUCCCGUCUGACGGCUGCGCUGACGCACGUGCCGGAGGUACGGCAGGUCAUCCAGGCGGAUGUUGAGCAGCUGGUGGCGCUGUUCGGGCAGCAGCUGGGCUACCCUGCCGUGCGAGCCAAGCUGGAGGUCCUAGGCGGCACUCCCUGCCCCCGCUUCCAUGCAGACCAUGUGGGGGUGCGGCUGCUGGUGACGUACUGCGGACCUGGGACGGUGUUUGUCGAAAACAGACAUGUGCGGCGGCGAUGGCUGUGGGGCGGCGCUGGGGGAGUGGCGGUCGAGGCGGUAGACCCGGCUGCUGCUUCUAGGGGUGGUGGUGCUGCUGGUUCUGCGGCACGUCAGGCUGCUCCAGGUGACUUGCUGUUCCUGAAGGGAAAUGCGGCACCUGGGAACUACGGAAUGGGCGCAGUGCACCGCAGCCCGGACAUGGCAAGCAUGCUGGCUGUUGACUCCGAUCCGGAUUUGGGUGCCAGCUUGGAGGACCCGGAUCUAGAUCUUGAUUGCCGGUAUCGGGAUCAGGAUCUGUGUACGACAGGACUGGGGAGAGGAGGCAAGGAGGCGAUGGAGGGUGCCGGAAAGGCGCUGCGGUUGCUGCUGACGAUUGACGACGUGGUAGAAGACUGUCAGGAGGCCAAAGGAGGUGUGGGGAGGGAGGCGGCGGUUGCGGUGGGGAAGGAGGAGCAGGCGGGGAGCGGCUGCGGGUGCGGGCGGGCGCAUUGAGGGGAGCAGUGCCGCGAAUUAUGAUGGCUUAAUGGGUGAUGUUUAGGGAAUAAGAUGGCGCGAGGGCGAAUGACGAAUCGGAGAAUGAGGAGCGGUACCGUAUGCAUGGCGCACACAUGACCGAGCAGGCGUAGCCAUGGCAAGAGUGGUACGGAGGUUAUUAUGACAGGCGGAAAGCUGCAUGCCCUGAUCACACCAUCCUGACUACUACGGGAGCCUGUGAAUCCGCAGUUUUUAUGAGGCAUAUCUGCCUGUAAGCGGCGUAAAAAUGUCUCAGCAAUCCAACAGUGUGGACGAAGGGUAUCUGUCCAACAAGGAGGACAACGCAUAUUGGCUUAGGUAACCAGGCAGCCUUCCUGGUAUGUAAGUAGUACAUAGUA